UGACUUAGACGCUUGUCUUUCUCCUCAACAUCCAAACUUCAAAGUCUUUAGUGAAACCUCCCUUGUAAUAAGCAAACAACAACAACAAAAAAGAGCUAAAGAGAAAGAUUCAAUGAAAGAAAGGAAGACUCUUUCAAGUCCAAAGUGACAUUUUUAGAAGACCUUCUUUGCAAAAAUCCAAUCUUGGAGUUUUACUAGUUACUCUAUAGCUUCCAAACAAACACACACACACACACACUAUACCUACGUAUAUAUAAUAGGGAGAGAAACAGAGAAGACGAUCAAGAUCUUGUGCGUGUGGAUAUGGGUAGACCACCUUGUUGCGAGAAGAUCGAGGUGAAGAAAGGACCAUGGACUCCCGAAGAAGACAUAAUCUUGGUCUCUUAUAUACAACAACAUGGCCCUGGAAACUGGAGAUCUGUUCCUUCAAACACCGGUUUGCUAAGGUGUAGCAAGAGUUGUAGACUUAGAUGGACUAAUUACCUUCGCCCCGGGAUCAAACGAGGAAAUUUCACUCAACCUGAAGAGAAAACGAUCAUCCACCUCCAAGCUCUUUUGGGUAACAGAUGGGCAGCCAUAGCAUCAUAUCUACCUCAGAGGACCGACAACGAUAUCAAGAACUAUUGGAACACUCAUCUGAAGAAGAAACUCAAGCUGCAGCGUCAAAACGAUACCACCAACGAAGACAACACCGAUAUGACAGAGAUGUCGUCUUGUGAUAACAACAACAACAACAACAACAGCAACAAAAGGUUCGCCAACAAAGGACAAUGGGAGAAAAAGCUUCAAACAGACAUCAACAUGGCCAAACGAGCCUUAUUCCAAGCCUUAUCACUUGACCAACCAUCUUCAUCGAUCCCUCCUGAUCUCGACUCACCAAAACCUCCUCAUAAUCAUUCUGCCAACGGUACAUAUGCCUCAAGCGCAGACAACAUCUCUAAGUUACUACAGAACUGGACAAGCUCAUCCUCUUCAAUGCCUAACACUUCAUCACUCUCCAACAACCGGAGCUCAAGCACCGGUGAAGGAGGGGUUCUUGAUCAUCACUCUUUGUUCUCAUCGAACUCAGAAUCUGGAUCAGUUGAUCAUGAGAAGUCGAAUUUGAUGGCGGAGACAAGUAUAUUCAAAGGUGAGAGCAGAGCAAACAAUGACAUGGAAGCAACUACUAAUGCUACUACUGAUAAUCAUGGCUCGUUGUCUUUGAUCGAGCAAUGGUUGUUUGAUGAUCAAGGCUUGGUUCAGUGUGAUCACGAUCAAGAAGAUCUCAUUGAUGUGUCUCUGAAAGGUAAAAAUAAUGAUAGCAACAGUCAAGAUUUGUUCUACGAAAAGGAAAACGUGGAGCAACUCUAUAGUUCUACCAAGUAUAGGUAGUCUUGUGGUUUUAGUCUCAUCCAAAAGGAUGUUGUGCUCUCUGCACCCUAGUUUUAACCUUGUUUGAGAGAGAUGUAUGAUAGCACAAGCAGGUCCCGGCAACGAAGUCUACGGCCGGAACUUCCUUGAGAAAAGCAAAAAAAAAAAAAAAAAAGCUAUCUAGGUUUACCGUUUUUUUAGUAUCCUUUUAUCAUUUUUAGUUAGAGUUUAUUUCACUGCGUGGCUUGCUCUUGUCAAGUCGAUGAA